AUGGACUCAUCAACCAUCAUCAAAUAUAAGCGGUCAAAGGCCACUUACGUUGCAUAUGUUGAUCUUCAUUUGAAAUCUCAACAAACAGUGCAAAACUUGGUGUCUCAUUUGGUCGAUGUCCUUAAUGGUAGUGGUGGCUUACUCUUGAAGGAAGUGGACGAAGAUGCAGAUGGCAUAGCUGUACCCAAGUCAGAGCAUCUUGAUGAUGAUGAUGAUGAUAUUGUUGUUCCCAAAUCAGAGUAUCUCGACGAGGAUGACGUUGUGGUUAAUGAUGCUAGUGCUGGUGCGGACAGUGUCAAGGUUGAAAGUGUAUCAAGUGAUGAUAUCAGGAUCGCAGUUGCAAAGGAUAAGACCACUCCAUACGCUAACGAAUGGUUAGAGUUAAGUGACGAUUCAAUGGUUACCAGUUUAGAGUUUAAGGACUACAUGGUCCUUGCCUUUGCUUAUGGAGAUGAAGAAUUUUACAUUACUGAAGGUGUUUACGAUGAAUGA